UGCGCGGGGAAGAAGCGGCUGAAACCUGGACGACAUGGAGGACGACGCGCGUUUUGGGUGUGAUCUUGUACCGUGGAUGUAACGGAGGCGUUGGGCGACUUUUCUCGGGUGGACAGGCGCAGAGGUCCAAAGUGCGCGCACCUUUGCGGAUCCGGAUCAGGACCUGUUUUGCCCCCCGAUUGGACAUAAACUGUCGUUUUGGGUCGCACCUAAUCGGGACGAUACAUGCGUGUGGAUUGUAACGGCAGCGAUCUGCGGGUCUGCAGGGGCCAUAUUGAAGCUCGUAGGAACUGAGUCUAAGAUGAAGUUAUGGGACGUCGCGGCCAUGUGUUUGUUGCUCCUGAGCUCCGUAGCUACCCGGCCUCUCUACCACCCAAGCAGCCCGCAGCAGCCAGACAAGAGGACCUUCCCUGACGCGCACCCAUCCCAGGACGACCGAGAGGAGACCUUGUUGUUGUUGCGGCGACGCCACGCGGAGCGCAGCCUGCAGGACGUCUCCAUGGAGGAUCAAUAUGACACCACGGAUCCUGAUUCCGAGCACUUUGAUGACGUCAUGGACUUCAUCGAGGACACCAUCGGCAGACUGCGGCGAUCCUCGGAGUCGCGUGUCCAGAAGGAGCAGCGUCAGAGAGGAUCAUCAAACAGCAGAGGUCCGAGAGGCGAGAGGAGACGAGGGCGGAGUCGAGGCAAGGGAGGACGAGGCGAGCGAGGCAGAGGGAGGACGUCGGUCCAGAGUCGAGGCUGCCUGCUGAAGGAGGUCCACCUCAACGUGACUGACUUGGGUCUCGGCUACCAGACCAAAGAGGAGCUGAUCUUCCGCUACUGCAGCGGGCCGUGUGCAGAGGCCGAGACCAACUACGACAAGAUCCUCAACAACUUGAGUCACAGCAGGAGGCUGGACAAGGACACGCCCGCCCGCACGUGCUGUCGGCCAAUCGCUUUUGACGACGACUUGUCCUUCCUGGACGACAACGUGGUGUAUCACACGCUCAAGAAACACUCGGCCAAGAAGUGCGGCUGUGUUUGACGCCGCGCAUUUUUUGCAGGGAAAGCCGGAGCCUAUCCCAGCUAACUUUGGCGGACUACACGCUGGAUGGAGACUAAAUAUGGUUACAUUUCCUGCCUUUCCUGAAACACCACACACAAAAAAAGUUUCUUUUU